CGCUAGUCAAAGGCUCAACGCCUGUCUUACACCUAGCGCCUUUUUGAACCUUGCUUGUAAUUACUAAUCAUAAUCGAUUAAUCGAAUCAUUAACCCAUAACUCACUGCCUCAAUCGGGCCAACCUGCGAAACCGGCUUGACAACGAUACUUUUCCGGUUUUCCCGUCAGUUUCCUCUCGCUAGAGACUAGAGAGAGAUAUCUGCCAGUCGGCCCCGAGCAGAUUUGCCGGCGAAAGCACCGGUGAGUAAACACUCUCCAAUCGAGCUUCGAAGCAGCUUUGUGACCAUGGCUCCUCUCACGCUAGGCUUGGAUACAACAACGACGACUGGUUCGGGCGGAAAAAUGCACAUCGCUCAUCUCGAAAGCCGCAGCAAGCCUUUCGCCUCGCUCAGUGCUAAAGGAGAAGAGGAGAAUCCAUUCGAUUUCUUGCGAACUGUAUUUGAGGGAGUAAUCGCUGGAGGUGCUGCUGGUGUUGUAGUUGAAACAGCAUUGUAUCCCAUUGAUACUAUCAAGACAAGGUUGCAGGCAGUUCGUGGUGGAGGACAAAUAGUCUGGAAGGGUCUUUACUCUGGCUUGGCUGGAAAUAUUGCUGGCGUCCUACCGGCUUCUGCUUUGUUUGUCGGAGUAUAUGAGCCAGCAAAACAGAAGUUAUUGAAAGCUUUUCCUGAAAAUCUUAGUGCUUUUGCUCAUCUAACUGCAGGUGUCAUAGGAGGGCUUGCUGCUUCUUUUGUUCGUGUACCAACAGAGGUUGUUAAAACAAGGAUGCAAAUGGGGCAAUUUUCAUCUGCUCCCAAUGCUGUACGCCUCAUUGUCUCAAAGGAAGGAUUUAAGGGUCUCUAUGCGGGAUAUGGAUCAUUCUUAUUGCGUGAUCUGCCAUUUGAUGCUAUUCAGUUUUGCAUUUACGAGCAGCUUCGGAUUGGUUAUAAAAUAGCAGCACAAAGAGAUCUCAACGAUGCCGAGAAUGCUGUGAUUGGCGCUUUUGCUGGUGCUGUAACUGGAGCAGUGACUACUCCACUUGAUGUGAUUAAGACAAGACUAAUGAUUCAGGGAUCAGCCAACCAGUACAAAGGAGUGAUGGAUUGUGUUCAAACUGUCAUUAGGGAGGAAGGACCUGCUGCUCUUCUAAAGGGCAUAGGGCCGAGGGUGCUGUGGAUAGGAAUUGGAGGUUCGAUCUUUUUUGGUGUGUUGGAGAGCGCAAAGAGGAAGCUUGCAGAGAGGCGACCACCGUCUUCAUCUCUUCCACAUCUGAACUCGAAGCAGGAUUAGGAGACUUCACUAUAUUUCAGAUUAGGUGUUCUUGACACACACAGGCGCGCAUCUUCAACUCUCGCUUGUGCUUUGCCGCGGUCUGAUGCUUUAGUUAAUGUAACGUGAAUCGACAUCUUGAUAACUUUGUUUUAGAGCGCGGUUUUUGUAUGAUCGUAACAUCAUUUGUUGAUUCCUGUUAAUCAGGAAAUAGAUGAGGGCAGCAAAAAGUAAAGGCGAUCGUCUCAAGUUCAGAUGACUUCUUGAUGCAUAUAAUUAACAUAUAUAUCAUAUGAAAGUUAACAUCGUCGUGAACAUUUAACUCGUCUCACGCUUUAAAAGCAACAAUUCACAGCUAGUCUAUUUGGCUAUCAGCAAUACAGUUAAAAUUGCGAA